AUGUCUGAAACUCUAGACCAGUACUGUAAGAAUACGCUCAGCACCAUCUCCUACCGUCAGUGCUGUAAAGUUCCGCAAUUUCUGCCGGACAGCGUCAUCGAGUUGUGUCGCAAACGUCCCUUGCCUCCCGUUCGACCGGACGUUCCUAUGCCUAUUCCGGAGAAUUGUAUAGCCGAGUGUGCACUCAACGUUACACGAGUGCUUAUAGACUACCAGUUCCGGGUGGAGCAGGCCCGAAAGGUGCUACUGGCGCGGACCGCUAACGAUCCCGACUGGGCGAAAACUAUCGGUGUUGCUAUCGACAAAUGCUACCGUAUGACAGUGCUGAACGCUUUCCACCUUCAGGAUGUGGCACUGAACCGCAUAUCUAGCCAGUGUCUUCCGUCUUCGAUCCAUUUUUUAGAGUGCACAUUUGGCAUGGCCUACCGGGACUGCCCUGAUAAGUACCGGACUGCAUGGGAUGACAAGUGCCACGCGCUUGUGCGGGCGUUCAACUCGUGCAAUUUUUUCUUUGACAAAAAAUUGGGCUUCUAA